AUGAAUAUACAAGUGUCUGAACCGGCUGCUGGGUUUCCGGUCGAGAAUCCGACAGAGUCCUACUGGCAAACCCCGCCUCUCCCUAUCUCAGACCACCGCACCACUCCCCACCUGCCCCCUACGGCAGAAUACUGCAUUGUCGGCUCCGGCAUCACCGGCGCCAGCAUCGCGUACAAACUCUUGAAUGCUAACCCCUCGGCUCAGAUCCUCAUGCUUGAAGGGCGCACCGCCUGCUCCGGUGCCACUGGACGGAACGGCGGGCACUGCCGGGCGGGACGGUACCUGUCAUUCGCCGACAAUUUGGCGAAAUGGGGCGCAGAAGAAGCAUGGAAGCUAGAGGCUCUGGAGAGGGCAACCGUGCGGAAUGUGGUCCAGCUAGCGCGGGACUUGGAUAUACCGUGCGACCUCGUGGCGUCCGAGACGGCGGAUGUGUUUAUGGAUCCCGUUCAAUGGGAGGCUGCUUUGGCAAAUAUGAAGGCGCGCGAAGACGCCUUGGCAGAGCUCACUUCGGCCUCGAUGCCAGAGGAAAGUGCACACGACGACUCCAUACGGCACGAGUACAAGAUCUGGUACGCGGAGGAGGCACGCGAGAAACUCCUGUUCCCCAAGGCUCUCGGUGCGAUUGCGUUCCAGUCGUAUACGCUUAGCCCUUAUAAACUCGUAUGCUCGUUGCUGGAGCACGCGGUGCAGCGGGGCAUGAAUCUGCAGACCAACACAAUGGUGACGUCUAUCGACUGUUUGCCAGCCUCCGCACCUGCCUCGCAGCGACGGUGGACAAUUUGCACGGCGCGUGGCAAUAUUCAGGCGAACAAUGUAAUCCUGGCGACGAACGCUUACACAGGAGCACUCUAUUCGCCCCUGGCAUCGUUCAUCAUUCCAACCCGAGGUCAAAUUGCUGUUGUACGCCCUGGGAGUAAUAUAUCUGGCUCACCGGUGCUGAGCCGGAGUUGCGGGCUUGCAGAUGUCGUCGCAAGCCCAUAUUACCAUUCUCGAGCACCAGGACUGAGCGGUGAGGGCGAUAUUGUUAUGGGAGGCGGCCGCACCGUCGCACCUGGCCGUGAGCAGCCCGUCUUCGACGACUCGACCAUCCACCCUCUCGUCUCGAAAUACUUAACUACCCAGCUGGCAAUCUAUUUCGGAGCUGAUACAUGGGGCAGCAACCCAGUCGAUCCCGUUGUGCAAGAAUGGACGGGUAUCAUGGGCUAUACGCGCGAUACAGAGCCGAUUGUUGGCCAAGCGCCGAGAAGAGAAGGAUUGUGGAUUUGUGCCGGAUUUCAUGGACAUGGCAUGGCGCUGGCAUUUCAAUGUGCGGAAGCUACGGUGCAGAUGCUGAUGGGGCAAAGUGAUGAUGUUGAGAAGUGGUUGCCUCAGUCAUAUAAGCUGGGACGGGUGCCGGGAACGGGGUUUGAGUAG